AAAUAUUCUUUUUAAGAUUUUCAUGCCGAUUAUAUAUAUCUAUCGAUGGAAGAAUGAAAAUGGCUGAAAGUUCUUCGUUACAAUAUAAUCGAGGUUCUCUACUUAAUCAAUCCGAAACAUCUAUUGAAUCUACUGGGUCAACUAAACCGUUGAUAGAUUCAAGUAACAGCUCAAAAGAUUGGACGAAACGGAAGAAUAGUUUGAUUCUUUUUGUUGUUUCUUUUACUUUGGUGCUUUCUCCAAUGUCCGCCACUAUAUUUUACCCGGCAAUCGUUGACAUACGCGAAUAUUUUCAAACUACCGAAUUAAUGGUUGAUGCAUUAGCCGCAGUAUUCACGCUUUUCAUGGGAACCGCACCUCUUUUCUGGGGAUCAUAUUCUGACACAUUCGGUCAAAGACGAAAACCGUAUCUUAUAGCUAUCGCAUUAUCAAUAUUUUCCUCAAUAGUCUGUUUUAUCUCACCAAACUUUUGGUUACUAAUGUUAGCACGCGUAUUACAAGCAUGUGGCGCAGCAGCAAUGCAGUGUCUUGGUGCCGGUGUUAUAAGUGAUAUUUAUUCAACUGCUGAAAGAGGUCGUGCAUAUGGAAUAUAUUUUUUAGUUUAUAAUUUUGGAGAAAUAGGUGGUCCUAUAAUAGGAGGAUACUUGACAGAAUAUUUUGGAUGGAGAUUCAUAUUUUUAUUUCUUUCAAUAUUUGGCGUAAUUCUUUUUAUAAUGAUUUUUUUUUGUCUUCCGGAAACUUUACAUUAUCAGUCAACAAAUCUUUCAACAACACUUUCUCAAUCUUCUCAAGAAAGGACGAGAACGAAAUUCAAUCCAUUAUCAUCAUUUAAACUUCUUCGUCAUCCAAACGUUUUACUAAUCAUUCUCUAUAUUUCCAGCAUAUGGUUAACGACCGUGACAGAUUAUAUUAUAAUACCAAGAAUAUAUUCUUCUCAAUAUCAUGUUUCUUCUUUUGUUAUUGGAUUAAUAUUCUUGGUUCCUGGUGUUGGAUUUAUGAUUGGAAGUAUAAUUGGCGGAAAAUAUUCUGAUUAUAUUAUAUCAAAAUUUACAUUAAAUGAAGAAAAAGAAAUUUAUCCUGAAAUUAGAUUGAAAAGUGUUUGGUUCAUCUGUAUAUUAGUCCCUAUUGCUUUUUUGGCUUACGGCUGGUUUCUUGAGAUGAAUAGUAAAAUAUAUUGGCCAUUAAUCUCGAUAUUUAUUGGAUCAUUUGGAACACUGUUUAUCGUUAGUAUAUUAUCGGUAUACUUAGUGGAUUCAAAUCAAAAUAAUUGCGCAUCUGUAAUUGCUUUAAGUGAGUUUGUUCCUGCCUUUAUAGGAGGUUUAUGUCAGUUAAUAUCAUUUCCAUUACAAAAUGCUCUUGGUGUUGGUUGGAUGUUCACCCUUUUGGUUGCGAUCAAUUCAUUAUGUAGCUUAUUAAUAAUAAUAGUAUAUUUAAAAGGAAAUUAUUGGAGAAUAAAAUAUAAUACAAUCAAUAGUAUUAGUAAUAUUAGUUUAAAUUUAAUUUAA